AUGUUUGGUUUUCUCUUUCUUUCUUUCUUUCUUUCUUUCUUUCUUUCUUUCUUUCUUUCUUUCUUUCUUAUCACUCUUUCUUUCUUUCUUUCUUUCUUUCUUUCUUUCUUUCUUUCUUUCUUUCUUUCUUUCCCAUUUCAUUUCAUUAUUUCUUUUUGGCUAUUUUUUAUUUUAACCUCUUUCUUUCUUUCUUUCUUUCUUUCUUUCUUUCUUUCUUUCUUUCUUUCUUUCUUUCUUGUUCCUUCAUUGCCGAUAUCUAUUCUUUUUUCUAUUUCUUUUUUUCCCUAUUUAGAAUUUGAUACUUGCACCGCAUCUCCCUCCUCUAUACACCUAGUUCAUAUAUCUCUUGCUUUUCAUUUCAUGUCAAACAAUAAUCCAUGUUACACUCUUCACUUAACAUUCUUUCUUUCUCUCUCUCUCUCUUUUCACACUUUAUUUCCUUCGAAAUCUUGA